AUGCACAAUGCCACGGUUCAAAUCAAGCGUCGACCCGAUCAAAUCACGGGUAAAUGGCGUCUCAUCAAGGAGCAAGUCGGGAAGUUUAACUCUAUUUACAAUAAGUAUGAUAAUAACCGCAAUAGUGGCGAAAAUGAUGCUCAAGUGAUGGAAAAAGCUAGGCAAGCAUAUACUUUGGAAACAGGUGGAAAGUUUAACAUGUACGAUGCAUGGAAUGUGUUAAAAGAUAAACCGAAGUUUCGAUCUUUUAUCGGUGUCGAUGGCAUGGUGUUAAAAAAGAAACAGAUGUCCCGCAUGAUCGAGUAUAGUGAUGAAGAACAAGCGCCCAUGAACCUCGACGAAGAAGAGCCACUCGACACCGACCUCUUCGGCCCAGAUGCUAUUCCACGCCCCCCCCCAAAGUCGAAAAAGAAAACGCCACGAACAUCGGGAUCCUCGGAUGCGGCCUCAUCUCGUUCAAGUGCAUCCGACUAG